CUUCUCGGCUAGUGGCUACUAGCUAGUUAGCUGUCAAGAGGAGAGGCUGGGGCUCAGACCUGUCAGCUCUCCCUCCCCCCGGCUUGGCCGUACAAAGCUCCGGCCCAUAAGCUUCACAACAAAAUCCGAUAGAAUAUUCUUUAUCUUGCCAGCUGAGAUGAUGUGAUGCAUCGCGAAUGAUUACUCAAAGAGGGACCCAGCUCCUCCUCAGUUUAUCUGCUCUGAGUCUGAGUCCUCGUUGCUAGCUAAUCGGCUAGCUAGCCCAGCUAAACCCUUCCGUUUCGUCGGUGUACCCUCUUUAGUGUGAGUCGCAGACACUCGGCCCUCGUCCUCGUAGCAGCUCUGCACCCGUUGCUGUCGGUCGACCAGUAUUUUUGGGGUUAUUUGGCUGUUUAGGACAAAAUGGGUGCGUUUCUGGACAAACCAAAGAUGGAAAAAUAUAAUUCCCGUGGUGAGGGUAACAACCUAACGUAUGGGCUGAGCAGCAUGCAAGGUUGGCGGGUUGAGAUGGAAGAUGCGCACACGGCAGUAAUCGGUCUGCCUCAUGGUCUCGACCUCUGGUCAUUCUUCGCUGUAUAUGAUGGGCAUGCUGGCUCUCAGGUGGCCAAGUACUGCUGUGAGCACCUGCUGCACCACAUCACCAGCAACCCAGACUUCCAGAGUGCUUUGCAGGAGGACCCCUCUGUGGAAAGUGUGAAGAGUGGGAUCCGCACAGGAUUCUUGCAGAUCGACGAACACAUGCGAACCAUCUCUGAGAAGAAGCAUGGCGUGGACCGCAGUGGUUCCACCGCAGUGGGGGUGAUGAUUUCUCCAAGCCAUAUCUACUUUAUCAACUGUGGCGACUCGCGGGGGCUCCUCAGCCGGGGUGGAGCCGUGCAUUUCUUCACGCAAGAUCACAAACCCAGCAACCCACUAGAGAAAGAAAGGAUCCAGAAUGCUGGUGGUUCAGUUAUGAUACAGCGAGUUAAUGGGUCCCUAGCUGUGUCUCGGGCUUUGGGAGACUUCGACUACAAGUGCGUUCUUGGAAAAGGCCCAACUGAGCAGCUGGUUUCUCCAGAGCCUGAAGUUUAUGCAAUAGAGAGAAGUGAGGGCGAAGAUGAGUUCAUAGUACUAGCUUGUGAUGGCAUCUGGGAUGUCAUGGCCAAUGAGGAACUGUGUGAUUUUGUGAGGUCAAGACUAGAGGUUACAGAUGAUCUUGAAAAAGUCACCAAUGAAAUUGUUGACACCUGCUUAUACAAGGGAAGCCGGGACAAUAUGAGUGUUGUGUUAAUCUGCUUUCCUGGGGCUCCGAAGGUAUCUCCAGAAGCAGUGAAACGGGAGGCUGAGCUGGACAAAUAUCUGGAGGGCAGAGUAGAAGAGAUCAUCAAAAAGCAGGGGGAUGAAGGUGUCCCAGAUUUGGUCCAUGUGUUGCGGACGUUAGCAGCUGAGAGCAUCCCUAACCUCCCCCCUGGAGGAGACCUGGCGAGCAAACGAAGUGUUAUUGAAGCAGUGUACAACAAACUCAACCCCUACCGAAGCGAUGACACAGACUCUGCGUCCACUGACGACAUGUGGUAACACAACCUCCUACCACUAACACAGCAUAGAGUUUACAAACCACCAUCCUCUCAAGACCCACAGCAGCUCAGCUCAGCAGUCUGUCUCUCCGUCACUCUGAGCUUUUGGUUUCUAAGAAGGGAAUUUCAUGGGAGGAGGAAGAGGAGGAGGAGGAGGAGGAGGAGGAGGAGGAGGAAGAAGAAGAGGAGUUGCAUGCACACAAACCUGGAAUAGUGCAGCACCAGUCCACUCUGGAGUUCAGGAUCCCCACCGUCUUGUCUCCCCUUUAUGUUCACCCACCUUAAUAUUCUCCUCUAAAGUAAUCCAUAACAAGUGAGUCCACAAGGUUUUCUUUCUUUAUGUUAAAUAAUCAGCUUAAGUAGUAAGAUUUUUUUUUCUUUUUUUUCUUUUUUUUGCUGUAAUUAAUUUGAUUCACAUUUCCUUGUGUGUGUUUGUAUAUUUCUGUUUUUGUGAAGUGCAAUUGUCCUGUACAAACAGCCUGUAUUUAAUGCAGCUUGAUUUUAAGUUAAAAAAUGAAAGAAAUGGAAAAAGAGAACAUUUUAUGCACUAUCUGCCUUUUCCUGCUCUUCUGGAAGUCUAACAAAUCUUUUUCAGUGAAUAUUACCGCUUGUCCUCCUGGCACGUCUCUGCGCUUUUACCUUUUCUUUUUUAAUUCCCCCCCCAGUUAGUCUAUGCUCCUUUAAAGAAACGGGUAAAUUGUAUAGUUGACAGCACAGUAAGCUUUCGAUAUCAGACCAUUUAAAUCCUAAUUAUUUUUUUCCCUGUGCUUUUUUUUUAAUUGUAUUUUACUUUUUAUAAGUGUUUUUCUGUACAUGCUCAAAUAAUAUUGGCAAGCUGUUUCUCAGUCAUUUUGAAAGUAUGAAGUGGAAAUAUAUAAACGUGUAUAUAUUCUCAUUUCUGCAAAGCUCUGCGGUUGGUUCCAUGUUCGCACGUUUCUGUGCAGAUGGACACCUGCGAGCGUGCGUGCCCUCUUGUGUGUACGUACACGCCGCACGCGUGUUAGUGGAAAGGCAGAUCUUAAUGAGCAACUCUAAUUUCAACUCGCCGAGGUGGUUCAGACAACAAAUCGGGCUGGAGUUCAAGGGAAUCGCCCUCCUCGUGCUAACCCAUUGUCAGCCUUUUUUUUUUUUUUUUUUCUUUCUUCGUUUCUCUCUUUCAGCCAGUGCUUCAUAUCAACUCAACAACAUUUGAACAACUUUUAGCUCUAUCUCUUUCCACACAUAUAUAUGACUGUAACCUGAGAUGACACAAGUAACUCAAUUUACCAGUGGUGUACAAUGAUUUGCUAGUCUUGUGUGGACUAGUGUACACACUUUUGUGUCAUAUUUAAAUAUCAGAUUCUAAACCUACUUCCACACCAGUGACCACUGUGGGUGCCAUAUAAUUUUUUUUUUUUGAUCAUAUUUUACAGCUUUAUAACAGCCUAUGCCAAGUUUUAUUUUUCUUUCUCAUGAGAUUAAGUUCUUUUGUAUGUGGUACAGAUAGAUUUUUAGCAUUUAACAUCUGAUAAUUUGACCUAUGUGAACAGUUAAAGCACUGAAUAUUUUAGACGGACUCGCGCAUUAACAGUCGGAAAACGGUUCGAAAACAUACGAGCCUCGUUUUUAUUCAGGUAAUUUGGAAAUUCACACCAAGAACAAACACGUAAUCUGCAUUGAGUUCUUGCGGUUGUACAGCACCUUUUUAUUCCCAUUCGCUCUAAAUAAAACCCUCCCCCAUGGCACCACAAGCCACAUCACAAUACAGUUUGCUGCUAUAGUGUAUCACUUGUAGGUUAACUUUAUUUCCCACCUCUGAAAAGACGGUCACUGACUAAAUCUGUAUUUAACACACUCGGUAGAUGUAUUUCUCGAAGAGAAAUGGUUUUUAUUUCAGAUUUAUUUUCUGCCAUUUUUUUUUUUUUUUCUUUUUUGUUUUGUUUGUGUGUGUGUGUCUUGCAUUGUUGGAAAUUUCUGUAUGUAUAUAUUUUUGACUUAACUUUUCAAGGAAUAAAUCAUGUCGCUUGAGUUUAGUUUGUUGCCAUGGACAAAAUGUGAUUCUGGUUUGUCUUGAGACGGUUGGUUACAUUUUGGGGGUUCGGGGCGGGGAAAAAAAAGCAAGAAAAAAAUCCUCAAACACUUUGUUGUCCCCGUCGCCAACGCUGAUGAUUAGUUUUAAGUGAUGAAGCUUGAUAACGUGCUAAAAUCAAAAUGACAAUCCUAACUAUUUCGCAGGCUUUAGGCUUAAACGGACUCUAACUUUGAUGAUAAUCCUAAAUUAAAAAUGCCAAAGUGUAGAAGUCACGGUACAAAGAGAACGUAGCUCUUACACUGCAACAGUCCAAAAAUAUAAAGUUAUUAGAUGCUAUCCUGUAGCUCCCAUUAGUUGACUUUUAAAGGUACUCUGUGGAGUUUUGAACCUUUGCCGGUGGUUUAGGGAAAUGUUCGCUUUAAAGCGCACACCAAGAACGUGAGUGCACUCCCCCUGCCUGCAGGGGGCAGUAAUGUGUAUAUCAACAGGUGGCGUCAUGGUGAUGUGGUGCGAGUGUGCCAACAAACCAUUAGAGACUGGAGGAUCGUGUACAAAGAGCGGGAGGCGGGGAGAAAAAAAAACCCACCUACUGACGAACAUGUUACUGAAAAUUUGGCUAGGCCUUAUAGCAAAAUGCAUUUUGCUCAGAAAUAUUGAAUGUAACUUAAUUUUGUAUUUACACUGAAGACUCCAUAAAGUACCUUUGACUAGUCACCCUACAAAAAAGACAAAAAAAACAAGUAUAAUAUCGACAGGUUUGUUAAAGUGGUACAGUAGCAAACUCCAGACUGUAAACGUGUCAAAUAGGAAAAUAGUUUUCUUUGUGUUUGCAUGAAAAUAUGGUUUCACUGAAUAUUCCUUCCCACAAAAAUCAAAUUUCAACAAAUAAACCGCUAAAUGGUUAGCAUAUUUUUCAGAGUGCUCACCUUAAUACUUGUAUGUCUACUGUACACACACAUGUAAAACUCAAGCCAAUAUAUUCGGUGUGUUUGCAAAACAUUUUUUAGUAUUUAUAUUAAAAUGCUCUUUUUUUUUUUAUUUAGCUAAGCAGUUUAUAUUUAAUCUAUAAGCUAUUUAUUUUGCUCUGCAUAGCUUGUAUUUGUUAAGUGCACUAAAUAUCUCCCCUUGUCUAACCUUUGUCUGCACCCUGCUGCUUGUUGAUAUUACAGUGUGACCCUGAAAGCCACAUUUCAUGCUAUUUUUUUUCUUUAAGCUUAAAGAGGAACAAACUUAUUUCUUUGUAUGUCGAAGCAGUUUAUAAACCCGCGCCCCUGGACUGUCCACCCUUUAAAUUAUCCUGGAUCCUUCAAUUAUUAUUAAUGGAUUACCCAUUUCUACAACUGGCUCAUUCCUCAUGAUGAGAAUUGUUAGAAAUUAACUUUGAAAUGUUGAAAGUUGCUGCAGCUGUAACACAUUUGCAGAUACAGACAGUGGCUUGGUCAUGAUUUGUCCGUAGACAUAUUAUCAAUUUUUCCUAAAUCAUCCCUGUUACUUUCCCAAAAACUGAUCAAAAAAAAAAAAGGAUCCCAAACGUAUAUAGUUUUAAUCUCUCAUUAACUGAAAUACCUCAUAAACUUUAUAGUAAAUGUUUUUUUGUCUUUUGUUUGGCGAUUUUACUUUAACAAGGACCAUCCUCCGAUGGCUCUUCCCUGUUAUUGUUUUAACACUGAUCAAUUAGAGUGAGAUAAGGUUGUACAGUGUUCGAAUUGUUCUAUUAACUAAACAGAUGACUCGAGAAGCUACUGUAGAAGACGACUUGUUUUAGUGACUAGGAACACUAUUGGCCUCGUCCUGUUAGCUCCCCUCCGACCCCCCCCCCCCCCAGCGUCGCCCUCAAACCUGUGUAACCUCACCCGCUUCGCCCCCUUGUGUGAUGCUCACUUGGCUCAAAUCUAUAAUUGUAUCGAGAGUUCAGGGUUUUAGAAAUGUGAGAUGUGUGAGAAAAUAAGUGACUAAAUGACAAUAGUCAUAUGCACUGACCAUCUAUAAUCAGCUCUUUUUUUUCCAGAAAAUUAUUGUAGAAUAAAAAAAAAAUUAAAAAUUAAAAAAAAAAAAAGAUUAUAAAGCUAUUUACCUUUGGUUGCCUGGAAAGCAUCCUGUAUAUUCUUGUAUGGAGGACUACCUGGCAGAAGUUGAAAGAGAUUUUAAAUGCUUGCGCCCUCUUGUACAUAGUGAUGUACCUCAGUUGUGGCGUGUACUGUGUGACCCUUAGCAGUGGUGGUUUACUUGUCCCCUCCCAGGGGGACCUGAGCCUCCCUUUGCUGACCUUUUUCAGCUCAUAAAUAAGCUCACCGAUUUGCCUUACCCAAAUCUCAUGUUGCCCCCUAAAGUACUUGUCCAACAAAACACUAUGAAGAGGAGUACAGAUUAAAAACUUUGUCCAGUUUAAGGUACUUAAGCUAUCAGCAAAGUGACUUUGUCCUGGUUGUCACAAGGUACAACUUUUCAAGCAUCGCUGGUUUGUUUUUUUUUUUUCCUGUUAUUAUUAUUAUUUUUUUCCAUGUUACCGUAUUGGAUCUUGAAAAAGCUUAUUUAAUUUUCACUGCAGAUGAUGUCAUACUUUUAACAAAUGCAAGUGUUUUAACAUGGUAACCUCGUAAGCAUUCAAAAUGUGCGUACAUACAUUAAUGUCUGCUCUAUUUAUGAUUACAUUCAAGAAUAGCUUUAGAGUGCUGUAGUUAAGUAUCGUCGAUGUUGAUUCAAAUGCUUCUCAGAGGCCUCUGUGAGUGAUUUUACAAAGUUCAAUAACUGUAUAUUUUGUAUUAUGUUCUAGCUCCAAAGGAAUGGCAGAGAAAAAAAAAAAAAGAAAUGUUUAAAAAAGCUUUGUUCCCUGAACUAAAUUGUACUAUUUGUGUUGUCGAUUGAACAAAUUGCAUUCCUUGCUUGUGAAUAGAUGCGUUUUUCUCCCUGCUCCUUAAAUUUUCUCCCCUUCUUUCCCUCCUUUCUUUCAUUUUUUAGCCUUUGAAGUUUGAAUAAAAUUUCUAGUUUGCAGAAUGUAUUACUAAAUAAAUGGGUUGUCAUCUUGUA